UAAAGGGUGGAUAUAAAGAACGAGCUGGAUUGCUGUUUAUUCUUUACAUUAUGGAGAACUAUCACGUUUGGAUUCGCAUCGUUGCUGUGCUUUUUCUUUGUGAUGGAUCUGCUUCCCAAUUCUCCUAUUCCAUUUCCGAGGAGGUAAACAAAGGAACGGUGGUGGGGAACAUGGCCAAGGAAUUAAAUCUCAAUUUGCCAGAGCUGCACAACAGAGACCUGCGCGUUGUUUCCAGUGACAGUAAGAAAUAUGUCGACGUGGAUCUCAGGACGGGGAACCUUUUUGUGAAAGAGAGAAUAGAUAGGGAGGAGCUUUGUCCCAACGCUGCGCAAUGCUUUGUGAGGAUGCAGGCGGUGAUGAGCAACCCAAUGACUGUGCACGGCAUCAAUGUUCAUGUUUUAGACGUCAACGACAACGCACCGACAUUUGAGGACGAUGUACACACUUUAAAGAUAUCUGAAAGUGUCGCACCAGGGGAGAGAUAUUUCCUCCCACUGGCAGAAGAUUUAGAUACAGGAAGCAAUUCAGUCAAGACCUACAAGCUGAGCCAAAAUGAACAUUUUACGCUUGAUGUGCAGAGCGGUGGAGAACAUGGCGUGUCUGCUGAGCUAGUGUUACACAAAGCUUUGGACAGAGAAAAACAGCCUCUUCUUGAACUGACUCUCACUGCUUUGGAUGGCGGGAAACCUGUUAGAACAGGCACGUUGCACAUCCGAGUAGUGGUAUUGGAUGUGAAUGACAAUACACCCGUUUUUAGCAAGUCUCUUUAUAAAGUGCGUGUGGGUGAAAACGCCGCGCUGGGCUCAGUUGUGAUCAAAUUAAAUGCCACGGAUAUAGACGAAGGCGUGAACAGUCAGAUCUUAUAUUCUUUAAUUAAACGAAGUAGCAGCGACCAAGCAAAUAUGUUUAAUCUAAACGCAGAGACAGGAGAAAUCACAGUGAAAGGUAAACUGGAUUAUGAAGAAACUCCUGCUUAUGAGGUGAGGGUUCAAGCAACGGAUCAGGGCCCUGUUCCUCGUAGUGCGCAUGCCAAACUGCUCAUAGGGAUAAUUGACGUGAAUGACAACGCCCCCGAAAUAACGGUGACGUCACUGAUGACGCCAGUUAAAGAGAACGCAGAAUUAGGCACAAUAGUUGCUUUAAUUACAGUGAGUGAUAAGGAUGGAGGGGAAAACGGUGUGACCAACUGUAAAGUAGUUGGGUCGGUUCCCUUUAAGCUGAAAUCCAACUACAAAAAUGAUUAUUCUUUAGUAGUUGAUGGAGCACUAGACAGGGAAAACACCUCUCUUUAUAAUAUCUCAAUUAUAGCCUCGGAUGAAGGAAGUCCUCCUCUGUCCACUAGCAGCAUCAUUACUGUUCGUGUUUCUGAUGUCAAUGAUAAUGCACCUCGUUUUACGGAGCCCGUUAUUAAUGUUUAUGUCAAAGAAAAUAGUCCAACGGGAAAUUCUCUUUGCUCCAUUAACGCACUCGAUCCUGAUUUGGACGCCAAUGCAAGAGUCUCAUACACUCUGUUGGACGGUUAUUCUGGAAAUAUCCCAAUUACAUCACUUUUAAAUAUCAACUCAGAGAGUGGAGAUAUAGUCAGUUUGCAGUCGUUCGACUAUGAGAAGUUAAAGACGUUCCAGUUUAAAGUUCAGGCCACGGACUCUGGUGUUUCUCCACUCAGCAGCAACGUGACUGUCAAUGUUUUUAUCCUGGAUGAGAACGACAACAGUCCCACCAUUCUGGCGCCAUAUUCUGAGCACAGCUCCAUUAACAGUGAGAGCAUCCCCUACUCUGCUGAAGCGGGAUACUUUGUGGCAAAGAUCAGGGCUGUAGACGCAGACUCUGGAUACAAUGCACUGCUCUCCUAUCACCUGUCUGAGCCCAAAGGCAACAACAACAACAACCUCUUCCGGAUCGGAACCAGCACCGGGGAGAUUCGCACCAAGAGGAGAAUGAGUGACAAUGACCUGAAAAGUCACCCCUUGGUGGUGUCGGUGUGUGAUCAUGGAGAAGCCUCCCUGUCAGCUACUGUGUCUAUUGAUGUGGUGGUGCUUGAAAGCACAGCUGACAUCCACACUCAGUUCAGACAUGUGCCCAUAAAGGAGGAGAACUUCUCCGACUUACACCUGUACCUGCUCAUCGCCAUUGUGGCCGUGUCGCUCAUCUUUCUGCUCAGCCUCAUCACUUUAAUAGCCGUCAGAUGCCACAGACAGACAGACGGCACUUUCGGCAGGUACGGCGCCCCCAUGAUCACCACCCAUCCUGACGGGAGCUGGUCUUACUCCAAAGCUACUCAGCAGUAUGACGUGUGUUUCAGCUCAGACACACUCAAGAGUGACGUAGUGGUUUUCCCCGCCCCCUAUCCACCUGUUGAUGCUGAACUGAUCAGUAUUAAUGGAGGAGACACCUUUACCAGGACUCAGACUUUACCUAACACUGACAAGGUAGGCUGGAAAUCUGUUUGUUUUGUUUCUUCUUAA